AUGGCUCCUGGCGUGCUCGAGCCAGCAGCGACGGCCGAGGAAGUCGUCUCUCUCUCCUCAUUGACCCAAAGCUACGACGACACGAUUCGUUUCUACCUUAAUGGCACCAAAGUCGAGCUCGAUGCUGUUGACCCCGAAAUUACACUUUUGGAGUACCUCCGAGGCAUUGGGCUUACAGGAACAAAACUUGGCUGUGCCGAAGGUGGAUGCGGUGCAUGCACCGUGGUCGUAUCACAAUUGAAUCCCACUACGGGCAAGGUGUACCAUGCGUCAGUCAAUGCUUGCUUGGCCCCUUUGGUCAGUGUCGACGGAAAACAUGUCAUCACGAUCGAGGGUAUUGGUAAUUCAAAGAGUCCGCAUCCCGCACAACAGCGAAUUGCCAUGGCGAGUGGUAGCCAGUGCGGCUUUUGCACACCGGGAAUUGUCAUGAGUUUGUAUGCGCUCCUACGAAACCAUGGCCCAGAAGCAACCGAAGCCGAGGUUGAAGAGGCAUUCGAUGGUAACUUGUGUCGUUGCACUGGUUACCGGCCCAUUCUCGAUGCAGCACAAAGUUUCAACAAGAAGUGUGGCAAAUCUAUCGCGAAUGGCGGCUCUGGAUGUUGCAUGGAAAACGGAGGCUCAUGUAAUGGCGCUUCAAAUGGCGUGGACGAGGGGGCCGAGAAGAAAUUCACCCCACCCUCUUUCAUCCAUUACGACAAAUCAACAGAGUUGAUAUAUCCGCCUACCCUCAGAAAGCAUCAAUUCAUACCGCUGGCCUUCGGCAACAAGAGGAAGAAGUGGUACCGACCAGUCACGCUCCAGCAAUUACUCGAGAUCAAGAAUGCGUACCCUGCAGCCAAGUUAAUUGGUGGCAGUACCGAGACUCAAAUUGAGGUCAAGUUCAAGGCCAUGCAAUACUCGACUUCGGUGUACGUUGGUGACAUAGCAGAACUUCGGCAGUAUUCCUUCCACGACGACUAUCUCGAGGUUGGUGGUAACGUGGCGCUGACCGAUCUUGAGAACAUUUGUGACGAGGCCGUCGAGCACUAUGGGCCUAGCAGAUCUCAACCCUUCAAAGCAAUUAGAAAAGCAAUCAGGUACUUCGCGGGCCGACAAAUUCGGAAUGUCGGCACUCCAGCGGGCAAUUUGGCGACCGCUUCGCCUAUUUCUGACCUCAAUCCAGUUUUCGUCGCCACCAACUCUACAAUGAUUGCCAAGUCCCUGAAAAAGACGGCGGAAAUUCCUAUGUCCAGCUUCUUCAAGAGCUACCGGGUGACCGCCCUGCCAGAGGAUGCUGUUAUAGCUGCUAUGAGAAUUCCCAUCGCCGCCGAGAAAGGAGAAUAUAUCAGAAGCUACAAGCAGUCAAAGAGAAAAGAUGACGACAUUGCCAUCGUCAAUGCCUGCUUGCGUGUUGCGCUUGAUGACUCCUACAGGGUCGAAAAUGCAAACCUGGUAUACGGAGGCAUGGCCCCCAUCACCAUGCAAGCAAAGAAUGCGUCCGAGUAUAUCGUCGGAAAGAACCUCGCUGACCCUCAAACCCUAGAAGGCGUCAUGAAUGCCCUAGAAAAAGACUUCAGUCUCCCCUUCGGUGUUCCAGGUGGUAUGGCGACGUAUCGGAAAUCCUUGGCCUUAGGAUUCUUUUAUCGUUUCUAUCAGGAUGUUCUUACCAACAUUGAGGAGGUCAGCAAAGAAGCCGACAAAGAAGUUGUCGAAGAGAUUGAAAGACAAAUCUCCAUGGGUCAAAAGGACCACGAUGCAUCUAUUGCCUAUUCACAGAAGGUUCUCGGAAAAGCUAAUCCUCAUCUUGCUGCCCUGAAGCAAUGUACCGGCGAAGCCCAGUAUACGGACGACAUCCCAACACAGAAGAAUGAGCUUAUUGGCUGCCUUGUGUUGUCAACCAAAGCACAUGCCAAGUUGAUCAGCGUUGAUGCCAGCCCAGCUUUAGAUCUUCCCGGUGUCGUUGCUUGGAUUGAUAAGAAUGAUGUUGUCAAUCCCACGGCCAACUGGUGGGGUGCCCCGGUUUGUGAUGAGGUCUUUUUUGCCGAGGACGAGGUUUUCACCGCCGGUCAACCGAUUGGUAUGAUCCUAGCAAACACGGCCCAGCAAGCUGCCGCAGGAGCUCGCGCAGUUCUGGUCCAAUAUGAGGAGUUGCCAGCCAUCUAUACUAUUGAGGAAGCGAUUGAAAAGCAGAGCUUCUUCGAACACUACCGGUAUAUCCGUAAAGGCGACGUUGAGCAGGCUUUCAAAGAUUGUGAUUACGUCUUUGAAGGAACGGCCAGGAUGGGCGGCCAGGAGCAUUUCUACCUAGAAACACAGGCUUCCCUCGCCAUCCCCAAGCCAGAAGAUGGUGAAAUGGAAAUCUGGAGCAGUACACAAAACCCCACCGAGACACAAGCAUAUAUUGCGAAGGCGUUAGGUGUUCAGUCCAACAAGAUCGUGUCAAAAGUCAAGCGUCUUGGUGGCGGAUUUGGUGGAAAAGAAACUCGAUCCAUCCAACUCUCGACGAUCUGCGCCGUCGCUGCACACAAAGUCAAACGGCCGGUCAGAUGUAUGCUGAACCGAGACGAAGAUAUCAUGACCUCUGGUCAAAGGCAUCCAUUCCUGGGUGUCUGGAAAGUGGGCGUGAAUAAGGACGGCCAGAUCAAGGCCCUCAAGGCCAAUAUCUUUAACAACGGAGGCUGGUCACAAGACCUUUCUGCGGCCGUCGUCGACCGGGCGCUUUCUCACGUUGACGGCUGUUACCAUAUUCCUAAUGUGGAUGUCGAUGGCCGCAUUUGCAAAACCAAUACCGUUUCCAACAGCGCUUUCCGCGGGUUUGGCGGUCCCCAAGGCAUGUUCAUUGCGGAAACCUAUAUGGAAGAGAUUGCGGAUCACCUGAAAAUCCCUGUUGAAAAACUUCGUGAAAUCAACUUCUACAAAGACGGUGAAGAAACGCACUUCAACCAGGCACUCGAAGACUGGCAUGUCCCGCUCAUGUAUCAACAAAUCAAAGAUUCAUCGGAAUACGAGGCUCGACGCAAAGCCGUUGACGAAUUCAACGCCACACACAAGUGGCAGAAGAAAGGUUUAGCUCUCAUUCCCACGAAAUUUGGCAUCUCUUUCACGGCCCUCUUCCUCAACCAGGCCGGCGCGCUCGUUCAUAUCUAUCACGACGGCUCUGUUCUCGUCGCUCAUGGUGGUACUGAAAUGGGUCAGGGUCUUCACACCAAGAUCUGCAUGAUUGUCGCUGAAGCCCUCCAAGUGCCUCUGUCAGACGUUCACAUCUCCGAAACGGCAACGAACACCGUCGCCAACUCUUCCAGUACCGCCGCGUCUGCCUCUUCAGACCUAAAUGGUUACGCAGCCUACAACGCCUGUGCACAAAUCAAUGAGCGUCUGGCUCCGUACCGCGAAAAACUCGGUCCCAACGCGACCAUGAAACAGCUCGCACACGCCGCGUACUUCGACCGCGUCAACCUCAGCGCCAACGGCUUCUACCGCACGCCCGAGAUCGGCUAUGUCUGGGGCCCUAACCCUUCGGACCCAAGCCAGGAGAACACCGGCAAGAUGUUCUUCUACUUCACGCAAGGCGUGACUGCAUCCGAAGUCCUCGUCGACACAUUAACCGGCGACUGGACAUGUCUGCGCUCCGACAUCAAAAUGGACGUGGGCCGCAGCAUCAACCCGGCCAUCGACUACGGCCAGAUCGAAGGCGCCUACGUCCAAGGUCAAGGCCUCUUCACCACCGAAGAGUCCCUCUGGCACCGGGCGUCCGGACAGAUCUUCACCCGGGGGCCCGGCGCAUAUAAGAUCCCUGGUUUCCGCGACAUCCCUCAAGUCAUGAAUGUCUCGCUGCUCAAGGAUGUCGAGUGGAAGAACCUGCGCACAAUCCAACGCAGUCGUGGCGUCGGCGAGCCUCCUCUGUUCAUGGGCAGCGCCGUUUUCUUCGCCAUCCGCGACGCUCUAAAAGCCGCUCGUACCCAGUACGGCGAGGAGAGUGUCUUGAGUCUACGUAGCCCUGCGACGCCGGAGAGAAUUAGGAUCUCUUGCGCAGAUCCGAUUCUCAAGCGCUGCGUCGUGGAGCCGAGGGAGGGUGAGAAGAGUUUCUUCAUCUCUAUUUAA